AUGAUAUUAUCAGAGAGAGAUUUUUUAAAUGUGAAAGGAAAACAGUUUUAAGGAGUACAUUCAAACCGUAUCUGUUCUCCAAAUGAAAGUUUAAUAAGUGUGAGUCACAAUCCAUCACUUCCGUAAAUAAAAUUACAAGCAUAAAAUAUUUUGGCUUAAUCAAUUCAUAAAGAUUUAUCUGGAGCUCCUCCUUUCAGUUAAAUACACUUGAAACCAUUAAUUUGCAAGAAUAAAUCAUGCAUCUAUUUAGUUAGAAAUCUAGAGGAUAAAAUAGCAAAAUAUAUAGUGAAAAUAAAAGAAAUUGGAAAAGAGAAUAAUAUACUGAGAUAAAAAUUAUAAAUGGAUAGAUCAUUCAUUGAUAAUUUAGUACCAUCUAUAAAUAGAUCUGAACAAUUUUCUUAAUUAAAAUAGCUAACAGAAGAGGUGUAAUAUCCAAGAUCUAAUUUCAAUAGUCUUCAUGAUGCUCAUUUAAUUAGUAAAUUUUCAAAUGAAGUUUAUCAUACUAAUCUUACACAAAAAAGGACAUUUGAUAUUUUUAAUAAUCUUAAUAUGCUUUUCAAGUAACCAUUUUCAGAUAUAAGUUGGAAUAAACCUACUGUGAUGAAUAAUUAAUAAGUCUAAUCGAAUAAAUGUUUAAAGAGUUGUUAAAAUAAUGCUUAGACUGAUUUUAUAGAAUUGAAUUGCAAUCACACUUAUCAUAAGAAUUGUUUAUGUGAAGAAGUUGUAAAUUCUCCAAAGGUAUUAAGCAGUUUUUGUUAAUGUAACUAAAAAUUAAGUAAACAUGAUAUGAAUUAAUUAAAUGAGGUACAAAGGGCAAUUAUAAGAGAAAUCAAAUUAACUUCUUAAUUAUCUUAAUUAAUAAAGAAAUCUGAUAAAUUUGCUUUUUAUAAGUGUUAAUAAAGUUCUUGUCCAUUUAUAAUUAUCGACUUAGAUUUUGAAAAUAUAUUAAGUGUCUAAUCUUUCUGUUAAUCUUGUUUGAACAUGAGAUUAUUCUACAAAAAAGAAUAGAUGGAAAAAUGA